UCACAAUACUUUGAUUUCCAAUACAAGACUUGCUAACUUUGAUGCGUCUGCCUCUCUCUUCUUCGACUCUUCUCUCCGAUCUCUAGUCACCUCCUUUUCUUCUUUUCUCUCUCUUGAAGCCUUUUGUUUGCUUUUUUAUGGUGCUGUGCUCACGUAGCUUGCUAAACGACUUGAAUUGGAGGACAUCAGUAUUUGUUCUUUUUUGUUGUUUAGUGAAAAAACUUUAGACCAUAUAUUACACUGGCCUACUUGUUUGUGCCCUUCCUUUCUUUGGCAUUUGCCCUGUUUCCCGGCUUCCACCACCUGGGUUUCACAUUGACUAGUGAAUAGAUUUUGAAUUGGGGAGAUGGGUCUUGGCCUGUAGUCUCAUCUCGUGCCAAAAUAACCUAGUUUGUGCUAGGAGAAUCAGGAUAAGAGAUUUUAAGUCCAAUUUUCUCCGCUAUUGGUACAAUGACUGCAACUCCUGUCUCCAGGGAGGCAUCAGAUAAUGAUGAGGUUCCUAUGCAACAGAAUCUGCUCUUCUCUGAUAGUCUUGAGGAUUUGAAGAAUUUGAGAACACAGUUGUACUCAGCAGCCGAGUAUUUUGAACUAUCCUACACAAAUGAUGACCAAAAACAGAUAGUGGUGGAAACAUUAAAAGAUUACGCCAUUAAAGCUAUUGUGAAUACGGUGGACCAUUUGGGUUCUGUGACAUAUAAGGUUCAUGAUCUGGUGGAUGAGAAGGUUGAUGAAGUUUCUGGAACAGAGUUCCAAGUCUCUUGCAUUGAGCAGAGGGUGCGGACAUGCCAAGAAUAUAUUGAUCAUGAGGGUCUCACCCAACAGUCACUCGUAAUAAAUGCUCCAAAGUACCAUAAGCGGUACAUCUUGCCAGUUGGGAAGACAAUGCAUGGAGCCAUCCACCCGAAAUCAGAAUAUCUGGGAUUCAGCCUAGACAAUGAAGAAGUUUGGCGUCAAUUCCGGAAUGCUGCUCGAGCAACUAUCCCGGAAGCCCCAACAUCUUCAGUCAGAAAAGGGCGUUCUCCUUCACCUACCCGACGACCUCAGCAGCCGUCUGUAACCUCUUCCUUUACACCUACCAUGCCCCAAAAAGAAUUGGGUUUGUGUACACAGAAGCGCACGGUUUCACCACAUCGUUUUCCAUUAUUCCGCUCGGGGUCUAUGUCAAGUAGGCCAACAACCCCUAACAGGAGCAGACCUACCACUCCAAGUUCAGCAGGUGCUGCGAGACAACAGUUCCCUUCCGAGCCUCGAAAAUCAGCUUCGAUGCGUAUCCGAACUGAAAAGGAAAAUUCCAAAGACAUUGAGCAAUAUCCGAGCAAAAGUAAACGCCUUCUCAAGGCACUGCUUAGUCGACGCAAAUCUAAGAAAGACGAUACGCUAUAUACUUACUUGGAUGAAUACUGAAGUGAUAGUCAGUAUUGCAGAAAAUGGCCAAGGUUGCAGUGAGAUUUUUCUCUUCAUUUCUUUCUCUUCUGAGCAGCAGCUAGUUAUCAUGUAAUGUUAGUAUUAUUGUAUGCAGUGAAGCAUUCCACAAGUGUUCUACAAUAAUGCAUAUUUUGAUCUGAAAUCAUGUAAGAGGAAUGUUAGUUUAUUCCUUUAUUGAUUUAAUCUGCCAGUUGUAAUUAGUUCUAUAAAUAAAUAUUAGUCUGAGCCCUGCAUUUCUGCACUGGUGAUGUAAAA